UUAUGUAACCAAACCAUAACUCGGAUCAAAGAGUAUAAUAAGUAUAAGGAAACUCGUAUUUAAAUCGGCGAACGCCAUUGUUCGUAACGCCGAACAAUUUACUAGAAGAAGAAAGGGAAGAGCAAAGCUAUCUACCAUCCAUCAGUGAUUCCAGUAAGAUCAGAUACAAUAUGUCGGGUCUCGGCGCGUGCCUGUUUCUGAUUCUAGCGUUAAGCAAUUUUGUGUCUUCUGAAAAAGCAGUAAUAUGUUACUAUGGAACAUGGGCCACAUAUAGAGAUGGCCUCGGCAAGUUCGACGUAGAAAAUAUAGACCCUCAUCUUUGCACUCAUUUGAUCUACGCUUUCGCUGGAAUUAAUGAGAAUGGGACGCUGAAGUCUUUAGAUCCCUCGUUGGAUCUGCCUGACGGUGGUGGACGAGAUAACUUUGGUAAAUUCAACGCUUUAAAGAAGAAAAAUCCAAGUUUGAAAACACUACUGGCCGUUGGCGGAUGGAACGAAGGGUCCGCUAAGUACUCGAAAAUGGCAGGCAAUCCAACAUUAAGAAACAACUUCAUAACCAGUGCCUUGAAUAUGAUCAAAAAACAUGGCUUCGAUGGUUUAGACAUAGACUGGGAGUAUCCCAAUAGUAGAGACACAGUUUACGGCCGAAAAGACGUUGAUAAUUUCAGCACUCUGCUCAAAGAAAUAAAAGCUGUUUUUGAUCAGCAAGGCCUGUUGCUCACCGCUGCAGUAUGUUCUGUAAGAUCGUCAGCGACACAGUCUUAUAACGUUUCUGAAAUUUCCAAAUACUUGGACAUGGUUCACAUCAUGACGUAUGAUAUGCAUGGAUCCUGGGACUGGCCCGGACUGACCCCGGUCACCGGCCACAAUGCACCAAUUCAUCAAGGAGAAGGAGACGAGGGUGCGAAUCCAGAAAAACUAUUGAAUGUGGAACAAUCUUUGAAAUACUGGAUUGGGGCUGGAUGUCCUCCAGAAAAAAUAGCUCUAGGUGUCCCCUUCUAUGGCCGAGCAUUUAAACUGAAGGAUGCUAAUAAGAAUGGUGUGAAAUCUCCAGCCGCAGGAGCAGGAAUAUUCCAGAUAUUCAUGCUCAUGCAACUGGAACUGCUGUUCACUGCUACUGCAGACUCCAUAGGUUACAACGAGUUCUGUCAAAAACUUCAGACCGAGCCCUGGACGCAACGCUACGACUCGCUCGCAAAAGUGCCUUACGCAGUCAAUGGCAAAGAUUGGGUCACCUACGAUGAUCCUGACUCUAUUACUGCCAAGGUCAACUACGCCAAAAGUUUGGGCAUUAAUAAAAUCAUGAUUUGGAGCAUAGAAACUGAUGAUUUCCGUGGCGUUUGUGGUAAAGGAAACAAUCCUUUGCUUAAUGCCAUUAAUACUGCCUUAAAAAAGUAAUUAGAAGUGUCAACUUUUGGUUCCAAAAAAUGU